AAGAACAAAGGAUUCGGGUCAGUACCCGGUGUCCAGCCCUAGAGAGAAUAAGCCAGGCACGGGAGAGGCUUCGUAGCUGCAGAUAAAACCCCCCGGAGUUAUUGUUGUGGAGAUUUUCGAGGUGAAGCUGACAUUUCAGUAGUUGGUUGCAUCAUAUCAUGCACGUUGCGGGACUGGAGGCGAGCACCCGCGUCACAUGCCCAGGCUUUCAUCAGGACACCUUGCUUAAAAGCCUUCAUUUAGCACAUCAGCUUAAAUACGACAUCUGUCCUUGCUGACGUUAUGGUUUCUGAUUUCUGAUUUCUGAAAUCUCUUUGUACACUUCCCAGACCAAGAAAUAGGGACCACCGCUUCAAUUAACCAUGUGGCAGCCCAGCUCUGCGUUUCUUCUCGUCGCAUCGCUUCUGGCAGCUCUGCCUGUCAAUGCUGAUGGGCUGUAUACUAAGAAAUCCCCUGUAUUGCAGGUCAAUCAGAAAGAUUAUGCCCAGCUGAUUGCUCAUUCCAAUUAUACCUCCAUUGUAGAAUUCUACGCCCCAUGGUGCGGUCACUGCAAGAACCUGAAACCCGCCUACGAGAAAGCCGCAAAGAACCUCGAAGGGCUUGCCAAGGUCGCAGCCGUCAACUGUGAUGAGGACGCGAAUAAACCCUUCUGUGGACAGAUGGGUGUGCAGGGGUUCCCUACUUUGAAGAUUAUCACCCCCUCUAAGAAGCCCGGCAGGCCCCGUGUAGAAGAUUACCAGGGUCCCCGGACCGCAAAGGGGAUUGUCGACGCGGUGGUGGACAAGAUUCCCAACCACGUGGCGAGAGUUACAGACAAGGGUCUAGACGAGUGGCUCUCCAAGGAUGAGGAGCUGCCAAAAGCCAUUCUCUUCACUGAGAAGGGCACCACGAGCGCUCUGAUCCGAGCCGUUGCUAUCGAAUUCCUGGGUGGCCUUAAGGUCGCCCAGAUCCGGAGCAAGGAGAGUAGCGCGGUGGAGAAAUUUGGUAUCACCGGGUUCCCUGCGUUAGUGCUUCUCCCGGGAGGCGAGAAGGAAGCCAUCAUCUACGACGGCGAGCUUAAGAAGGGGCCCAUAGUCGAGUUCCUCAGCCAAGCCGCGACGCGUAACCCCGAUCCUGCCCCCGCCAAGGCAAAACCCAAGUCCAAGGCCUCCUCCUCCUCCUCCUCCUCCUCCUCGUCCACAAACAAACCAACCGACAAACCCGCACCCGACAACGAGGAAUCCAAGAGCACAGCUCCCACAUCCACUCCAGCGCCGCCAGCACCGCCGCCGGAAAUCCCAAUCCUCUCCACCGCGGAAGCCCUUGAAGUCGCCUGUCUCGGCCCCAAAUCCGGUACCUGUGUCCUAGCCCUUCUUCCCGAAGCAGAAGAGCCUUCCCCCAACUCCGAGGAAACGUUGAAGAGCCUUGCCGAGAUCGCAGAUAAACACGCCAAACGCCACGCUAAUCUCUUCCCUAUCUAUAACAUCCCCGCCGCCAACAGCGGAGCUAAGACGCUUCGAACCACGCUCCUUGGGUUGUCCGAGGACGCGCAAGGAGUCGAGGUCAUCGCCUUGAAUGCGCGACGAGGUUGGUGGAGACGGUAUGACCCGUCUGAGAGCGCGGACUAUAGCGCCGUCCGGGUCGAGGCCUGGAUUGAUGCGAUUAGACUUGGGGAGGGAUCGAAGAAUAAGUUGCCAGACGGGGUUGUUGUUGUGAAGGAGGAGGAGGAGGAGGCUGCUGAUCAUGACGAGCUGUAACUUUACCAUCGUUACCAUGAUCAUGAAAUUUUAUUGUGAUAGCUGGAUUUAGGAACUGAGGAUACUGAGUUCGGUAACUUAGUGCCUAGUAGUACCUAGUAGAGUAAUAUGUGUAUCUAUGUCUCAUACAAGACCGAAAUAAAGUAACAGCCAAAAACAGAAAAGCUGGUGCAGGGAUGGGAACCGAACAAAGCGAAAGGAAAUCAAGAGAAUAAAUAGGUCGGUAUAAGGGAAAAGCAGAAAACAAUCACAUCUGCGUAACGAAUCCCAGGAAUUAUUCCAGUUGCAUUUGGUUAUAUAUAUGUGCCCAAAAACAAUCAACACCACCAUCUAG